UUUCGUUUUUACUGUAUUCUGUUUAUUUUAGCUAGAAACUAUGGCAACCGAUACAGAAACGAGCUUCUUAACAAAGGUACCAGAAGAAAUGAUCCAGAUUGACGACGCACACAAGACGCCAUAUUGGACGAAGGUCAAAGGUUACUUACGGAAGGAUGCCCUGAUGUAUCUGAUUCUCGUCGGGAUCGUGGUGGGAUUCGGCGUGGGAUUCGGGGUCAGACAGCUGAAUCCUUCCAAGGAUGCCAUCAUGUGGAUGGGUAUUGCCGGGGAACUGUUUAUGCGAUCGCUUCGCUUGAUGAUUCUUCCGUUGAUAGUUUGUUGUCUGAUAUCAGGAACGGCAUCACUGGACCCGAAGUCUAACGGUAAAAUCAGCCUCACAGCUUUCGUAUACAUCGUGUCCACCAACGCACUGGGCAUUGCAGUAGGGGUGGUUGUUGGUGUCUUGAUUCGACCAGGAGUUGGUACUACCAGUGCUGAACGUGUUAACACCACAGACAGUAUGGAGACACAGGACAUAUUCGCUGAUCUUCUCAGAAACAUUGUGCCGGACAACAUGGUUGAAGCAACAUUUAAACAGGUCAUUACGAAGUAUUCAAGGGAGAUCAUUCACACAGAACGAAACACGACCAACGGAACAGUUAUCGACUCUUUGGUUGUUGUUUCGAAAUCUUUGGGGAAGGUCGACAGUGUAAACGUCCUGGGUUUAAUUGCCAUUUGCACAGUCUUGGGCGUGGCUACCAACUCUGUGAAGGAGAAGGCUGAUGUUGUUUUGCGGUUUUUCGUCGGAUUCACUGAAAUCGUCUUUGUCAUAAUGAAAAAAAUAUUUUGGUUCGCACCUAUAGGCAUUGGCAGUCUUAUUGCUUCCGCCAUCGCUGGAAUCACGGACAUUACCGAAGCGUUUUCUCGUCUCGGGCUGUUUGUCUUGACGAUACUUGUCGGCCUUCUCAUCUACUCGCUUAUCGUUCUUCCCUUGAUUCUCUUUGUCCUGACCAGAAGAAACCCGUUUGCCUUCAUCGUUUCCAUCGUCAGAGCCUGUUUAAUGGCAUUCGCUACCUCAUCUUCAGCGGCAGCGAUCCCGGAUAUGCUUAUAGCUUGUGAGGAAAAGAAUCAUAUAGACAAACGAGUGACUCGUUUUGUGAUUCCUCUAUGUGCGACCUUGAACCGCGACGGUAGUGCCCUCUACGUCGCGUGUGCGGCAGUUUUCGUGUGUCAGAUGAUGUUGGGGUCGAUUUCUGUCACGGAAGCAUUUAUGAUUUGGAUUCUAACUUCUGUUGGUUCUUUGGCCAUUCCACCUGUGCCGAGUUCUAGCCUGGUGACGUUAAUAAUAAUUCUGACGUCAUUGGGCAUCCCGUCCGAUGGAAUAAGUCUGUUGUUUGCCAUUGAUUGGCUUAUGGACCGUUUCAGAACCUAUUGCAACAUCAUAAGUCACACGUUUUGUGCGGCUGUGACGUACCAGUUCUGCAGGAAAGACUUGGCAAAGAUCGACCAGGCAGACAGUCAUCAAGAGAACCAAAUAGCCUGAUGCAUCCCAGUUGUUAGGAGCG